AUGGAGCAGUCCAACAGAGAGCAUAGGAAGAAGAGCGACAAGGCCACGGCGAAGAAAAAACUUCACACUCAGGGCCACAAUGCAAAGGCAUUUGCGGUGGCUGCUCCGGGCAGGAUGGCCCGGACCAUGCAACGGUCGAGCGACGUGAACGAGCGCAAGCUGCACGUUCCGAUGGUAGAUCGGACACCAGAAGAUGAUCCACCUCCUGUGAUUGUGGCGGUGGUCGGGCCCCCAGGAACUGGUAAAACUACGCUGAUCAAGUCGCUGGUCAGAAGAAUGACCAAGUCGUCGCUCACCGAGGUCAAUGGGCCAAUCACGGUGGUGUCAGGCAAGCGGAGAAGGCUGACUUUUAUCGAAUGUCCUGCGGACGACCUCAACUCGAUGAUCGACAUAGCGAAAGUGGCGGACCUUGUUCUGCUGAUGAUGGACGGGAAUUUUGGGUUUGAAAUGGAAACCAUGGAAUUUUUGAAUCUGGCUCAGCACCACGGUAUGCCUCGUGUCCUUGGUGUGGCCACCCACCUCGACCUCUUCAAGUCCCAAUCUACGUUGAGAGCGUCGAAAAAAAGGCUAAAACAUAGGUUUUGGACCGAAGUUUACCAGGGUGCUAAGCUCUUUUAUCUCUCAGGUGUCGUGAACGGUCGGUACCCAGACCGAGAGAUCUUAAACCUCUCGCGUUUCAUCUCAGUAAUGAAGUUUAGGCCUCUGAAAUGGAGAAAUGAGCAUCCGUACCUACUGGCCGACCGUAUUACAGACAUCACACACCCAGAAGUUUUGGAGACCCAGGGAAAACAAAUUGACCGAAAAGUUGCCCUUUAUGGCUACCUUCAUGGUUCGGCUCUGACAUCAGCCGCGGGAGCCCGUGUACACUUGGCGGGCGUGGGCGAUUACUCGAUUUCAAGCAUAGAGAAACUGCCAGAUCCAUGUCCAACACCUUACUUCCAGCAAAAGCAAGACGAAUAUGAACGAGAGAAGUUGAAGGAAGAAGGCGCUGCAGCUUCAAGUGCCCCCCGCAGACGGAAGAGACUUGACGACAAACAGAAACUUAUUUACGCGCCCAUGUCUGAUGUUGGCGGCAUUCUAAUGGACAAAGACGCCGUUUUUAUUGACGUAGGAACCAAGAAUGGCGAAGGUGCAAGUUUUGUGCCUGGUCAGGAAAGAGGCGAAGGUGAAAAGCUGGUCACUGGGCUGCAAUCUGCAGAAAAAAGUUUGGCUGAGAACUUUGAUGGCGUCGGCUUACAACUGUUUAGUAAUGGGCGUGAGAUGCAUGCUGUCGACGAGAACUCUGAAGAUAUAUCUGGGGAGGAAGAAGGAGACGGCAUCAACACCGGAAGAACUGCCUUAAGAAGACCUAGAAUAUAUGGCAAAUCUGUCCAAGAGGCUGACGCCGAGGUGGAUGGAUUCAGUUCAGCAGACGAAGAUGACAACGAUCAACUCGAUGAUAUCGGAGAACCCAGAAAAAAAAUGGUUGAAAUCGAUUUCAAUUCUGGAAAUGGCGAGCCAGUUGAAGCUCAGACCGAUUCUGAAUUUGAGCUAUCUGACCACGAUGAUGACGUUUGGACCAGAGAAACGGCUUCAAAGCUCCAAGCGUCAAAGAACAGGAAAAAAAAAUGGGACAUCGGGAAGCUCAUUUACAUGAACAAUAUCUCACCAGCCGACUGCAUCAAGAGGUGGCGAGGUGAAGCUGAGGAUGAGACGGUGAGUGAUGUAGAGUCGGAAACCGAGGAAGACUUUUUCAAACAAAGAGCAGCAGGUUCCGAGAAAGUGGGUGUAGAUGACGACCUUGAGAAAUUCAAACCACAUUUUGAGACAUUCAAGAAGCUUGUUGCCAAAUGGUCUAGCGCUGAUUCCAUCAAGCACAGAUUUUUGGGUGCACCUAAAGCCUCGGCCGCACAUGAAGAAGUAGAAGGCGGUGAAGAUGGCGAGGAGGUGUAUGGUGACUUUGAAGAUCUUGAAGCAUCGGAGAGCCAGGUACAAUCUAACGGUGGUGAUGGUUCGGAACAAGAGACUGCGAAGUAUGAAAGUGAUGCUGAAAGUGAUGCUGAAAGUAGCGGUUCUUUUGCUGACUUUGAUGAAGAGGAGAAAAAGGACUUGACGACAGAAGAAGAAAGAGAACAGAAUGCAGCUAAAAAAGAAAACCUCCGUUUGCAGUUUGAAAUGGAGGAGGGUGACAAUUUCAAAGAAGACGAUCCUAAUAACGAGUACGAUACAUGGUAUGAAUUACAAAAGGCAAAAAUGGCUAAGCAAUCAGAAAUUAAUAAUGCUGCGCUGGAAUCCAUGACACCGGAACAACGCCAAAAAAUUGAAGGUUUCAGGGCCGGGUCGUACGUACGUAUCGUCUUCGAUGGCUUACCCAUGGAAUUUGUCCAAAACUUCGACCCUAAGUACCCAAUCAUUAUGGGAGGGUUACUUCCUGCUGAGCUGAAAUUCGGAAUCGUAAAAGCCCGAAUUAGAAGACACCGUUGGCACAAGAAGAUUUUGAAAACCAAUGACCCUCUUGUCUUGUCAUUGGGCUGGAGAAGAUUUCAGACCUUACCCAUAUACACCACUAGUGACUCGCGGACCAGGAAUAGAAUGCUGAAAUAUACACCUGAGCAUGCUUAUUGUUUUGCGAGCUUCUACGGUCCUCUAUGUUCACCCAACACUACUUUUUGUGGUGUUCAAGUUGUAGCGAACAGUGAAACUACAGGUAACUUCAGGAUUUCUGCAACCGGAAUCGUGGAGGAAAUCGACGCUAGCGUUGAAAUCGUGAAGAAGCUAAAGCUUGUUGGCUACCCUUAUAAAAUUUUCAGAAACACCGCUUUUAUUAAAGACAUGUUUUCAAGCGCUAUGGAAGUCGCCAGAUUUGAAGGAGCACAAAUCAAAACUGUCUCUGGAAUUCGCGGUGAGAUAAAAAGAGCAUUGUCCAAACCUGAGGGUCAUUUUAGAGCCACUUUCGAGGAUAAAAUUCUAUUGAGUGAUACAAUCAUCUUGCGCAGUUGGUAUCCGGUUCACAUCAAAAAAUUCUACAACCCCGUUACAUCGUUGCUUCUGCAAAAUAAAUCAGAAUGGAAGGGUCUAAGGUUGACCGGUAGAAUUAGAGCGGAGAUGGGUUUGGAAACGCCCACGAACCCCGACAGUGCCUACGCGAAAGUAGAGCGCGUCGAAAGACGCUUCAAUGGCUUAAAGAUCCCAUCGUCUAUUCAGAAAUCUCUACCAUUCAAAUCACAAAUACACCAAAUGAAGCCUCAAAAGAAGAAAACAUACAUGGCAAAGAGAGCCGUGGUUUUAGGAGAUGAGGAAAAGAAGGCCCGUUCGUUCAUGCAAAAAGUUUUCACUGUUUCAAACGCUAAGGAGGAGAAAAACAAGGCUAAGAAGCUGGAUGCCAGAAAAGAAAGGCUCAAGAAGUUGGCUAAGCUGGAGGAGAUCAAGGUUGAGAAAGACAAAGAGCGCAAGAAAAAAUACUUCUCUGAGAAUGGACGUAAAAGGCAGCAUGCAGAUUCGGGUGCCGAUGCAGGGUCUAAGAAACGUCGGUAG